CCUCUGGGGGCUCAGCGGCGGGGUCCUUUGCUGCUGAUGACGUCACUGCUGAUUUGGAAGAUGUUGUAGGUGAAACUCUGUCAGACUGAAACUACCUUCUACUUUAGAUUAAUGAUAACACAUCUACACUAAUGCGCAGUUCGUACUAUAAGCCACAGAAUGGAACAAACUGUACAUACAGCAAACUGAAAGCUUCAGGUCAGACUACAGCAGAGUCCUACGGCCCAGCCAUGCCUCAGAAACCCCAAAAGAGCGCCCAGACGGCUCACUACAUCGAGGUGGGAGGGUAUCAGUACUGGCCCGUGUUGGUGCCCCGAGGUAUCAGACUGUACACCUACGAACAGAUCCCUGUGUUUCUGAGGGAGAACCCCUACAUCACAGAUGGAUACAGAGCCUACCUGCCCUCCAGGCUGUGCAUCAAAAGCCUCUUCAUUCUGUCCAAUGAGACGGUGAGUAUCUGGAGCCAUCUGUUGGGCUUCCUGCUCUUCUUCUUCGUCGGCGUGUACAACAUGUCCUCGGUGCUGCCGGCCAUCGGCGCCUCCAAAGAGGAUUACGUCAUCUACUCCAUUGGACUCUUCUGCUUCCAGCUGUGUAUGCUGUGUUCGGUGGGUUAUCACCUGUUCUGUUGCCACCGCUCGGAGAAGGCCAGCCGCCGCUGGAUGGCGCUUGACUACGCGGGGGUUUCCAUCGGCAUCCUGGGCUGCUACGUCCCCGGAGUCUUCUACACCUUCUACUGCAAUAAUUACUGGCGGCAGAUGUACCUGGUGACGGUCCUGGCCAUGAUCCUGGCCGUCUUCUUCGCUCAGAUCCACCCUCAUUACCUCAGCAAGCAGUGGAAGCAGCUGCGCUCGCUCAUCUUCUGCCUGGUGGCCGGAUACGGCCUCAUCCCCACCGUCCACUGGAUCUGCAUCACCGGAGGCUUCUCCUCAGAGCUCGUCCAGGCUUUUGUUCCUCGAAUCCUGGGGAUGUAUUUCAUCGCUGCAUUAGCUCUCAUUUUCUACGUUUCUAAAGUUCCUGAACGCUACUUCCCGGGUCAGCUGAACUACCUGGGCUCCAGUCACCAGGUGUGGCACCUGCUGCUGGUCCUGAUGUUUUACUGGUGGCACCAGUCGUCGUGUUUUAUCAUGGCGUACAGACACACUCAGCCAUGCCCCGACGCCUCCAACCACGCCUAGGCGAUGCUCUGCACACGGGGAUCCUGGACUCUGUUAAUCUGUUGGUGAAUGGCUGCAGCAUUCCAGCAUGCACAAGUGGAAGUCUAGGCGACACCAUGGACAUGUCUUCAAGUCUUCAAGUGUCCCCAAUCAGACCUGUGACCUCCAGGAUGUGAGGUGACAAAUGUCGAGAGUAUGUUUUUUUAAGAGAAGACAGGCCCUCUGAGCGAUUGUAGGUAAACAGUCACUGUGGCUGAAACUAAUUUUUACCAUACAAUCUAGGGAUGUCACGAGAAUCAAUACUUUGGUACCAAGUCGACGCAAAAAUUCAGAAAACGUGACGGUACUCUUUUUUUCUACAGUGCCGC